AUGGCGGAUUUAACCGAAGCUUCUGCUGUACCGGCUCUGGCAGUAACUGCGGCUGUUGGAGCUGUCGUACUACUAUUGGUACUUCUUUGUAGUGUAUGGAAAAAAGAUACCAAAGACCAGAAGGAAGACUCUGGUGAAAAUCAAGUAUCUAAAGUCAAGACAGAACCAGUUAAACAAGAAAAAAACUCAAAGAAGUUGAAGCUGAAUAUUCGGUCAAAGAAACCACAGCAGGUGCAAGUGACACAUCCCUGGCUGGCAAGCACUCUGAAGGGAAACAGCAGUGCUGUGUUAGGAAUAGACUUCAGUCCAAAUGGCAAAUAUCUCAUUACCACUGCUGAAGAUCGCUGUGUUAUGUUAUGGAGCACCAAAGAUUUCAACCAAAAGGAACACAAAUUUAUUAAAGGCAUUGUAGAACUGGAUCAUGGGACUCAAGUCAAAUUCAGCCCAGAUACCAAAGCUUUCAUUAUAAGCUUAGCCAAUGAAAAUGCUCUGCGAGUUUAUCGAAUAGGCAAGAAAGACGAUGGGUCGCCAGGCAAUAUCACCUCUGCUUUUGACUUUCCCAAGGUACACCAGGCAGACAUAAUAAGAAUAGGUAUAGCAAGUAAUGGCAAAUAUAUAAUGUCGUGUGGUAGUGAUACAACCAUUAUCAUCUGGACCAUUAAAGGUGAAGUGCUUGAGUCUAUCGACACGCAUCAGAUGAACAAUUCCUUUGCUUGUGUCUCACCUUGUGGUAGAUUUGUUGCAUCUUCAGGAUUUACACCAGAUGUAAAAGUGUGGGAAGUAUGCUUCAACAAAAAUGGAAGCUAUUCAGAUACCAAGCGGGCAUUUGAACUAAAGGGACAUACCGCAGGAGUUUAUAGUUUCUCAUUUAACAAUGAUUCCAGUAGAAUGGCAUCAGUGUCUAAAGACGGUACAUGGAAAUACUGGGAUACUAAUGUACGUUAUGAGAUGAACCAAGAUCCAUACCUGCUACACACAGGAAACAUCAGUUACUCCGGCCAUUGCCUCAUAGCUUUGUCACCAGAUGGUAGGACAGUCACAGUAGGGGGAGAGAACUCUAUUACAUUUUUCAAUGCUGUCUCUUGCAAAGAAGAAGAAAGUGUGGAUAAUAUUCAUUUAGGUGGCUUAGUAGAUUUGAGUUUUGAUACGACCAACAAAUAUCUAGUGACCGCAGGCGAUCGCUAUGUACAUGUGUUCCAUAAUGUUACUGGUUACCAAGCAACAGUAGAAGACCUCCUUGAAAAGGAGAAAAAAGCAUCUUCAACAGCCAUGAGGGAUCGUGUCCGCCAACAGAUCUCAGAUGCUAGGUCAUCGUUGGACAGUAUACUCGGGCAGUCAAACGGCCACGUUAACAACAAAUGAUGCUCAGACACAUUUAUCCAUUACAUGGCAGCAUUCCUGACAAACAUUACACACUAUUUUUAUAAUAUCACUUGAUAAUUUUGGAGUGAUUUCUCGACUAAAAUAAUGAAAUGUUGAUGUUCCCUUAAGAAAGGUUUUGUCAUUGUGUUUCUGUUUAGUUUUGGGUAUGGUUUUGUUAUCGUUUUAUCGCUGUCCUCUUUUCAUGAUUAAUAUUAUACAAUAUAUGUUCACUUAAACAUAUGAAGACAAUUUGAAAUGAAAUUGUUUUUGAAGCCAAACACACACUUUUUUUCCUAUAAACACUUUUCAGAUCAAACUUGA